CCCCACAGCCGUUGAGGUGCAGGGUUUUACGAGACCGUUAGCAUCGUCCAUUCGCUCCUGAUUGUCUUCCGGGAAUUUCCGCUUCUAUUUGCUUCUCUACUCCCCAGGUCAAAUGCUUUUCCAUAGUUCUCGUCAUACGCUCUUCUUAGUUCGUCCUCUGUUGCUAAGCCCAAAGCUUCUUCCAUUCCUGCGAGCUCGAAAUCAACGCUUCUUUUCCUCUUGGGCACAAUCAUGGCUAUCUAUGCCGGGUAGCUCUAUCAUCGAUUGGCCAUCGCUACCAAUCCCGGAACGCAACCCGAACCCGAACCCCAAAUCGAACGCAAACUCUAACUUCUCGCGGGAUGACUUCUCCACCAUUGCCAAUCUAUUUGUCGACCCUUCCAUCUCUCAGGGUCCAGCUCUAGAUAACGCACUCGAUGAGGCCGGAAUUGAACCGGAUCCGACUCUGCUGCAAGCCGUAUUCGAUCACUUCGAUUCUUCCCCAAAGUUACUGCACUCGCUGUUUCUUUGGGCUCUGAAGCGACCGGGGUUCAGGCCUAGCGUGACGCUUUUCAAUUCCAUGAUCAAUGUUCUUGCCAAAUCGAGGGAGUUUGACUCCGCUUGGAUUUUGCUUCUUGAACAGAUUGAUCGCCACGAGGAAGCCAUAUUCGUUUCCGGGGAUACCUUUGCUAUAAUGAUCAGACGGUAUGCUCUUGCAGGUAUGUCACAACCUGCAAUUCGAACAUUUGAGUAUGCUAGAAAUUUAAAGCCAAUUAUGGAUUCGGAUUCAGAAAUGAGAUUGUUUGAGAUAUUGUUGGAUUCACUUUGUAAAGAAGGGUCUGUCAGAGCAGCUUCAGAGUAUUUCCUUAAGAGAAAGAAGAUGGACCCGUCUUGGGUCCCAUCAGUUCGGAUUUAUAAUAUUAUGCUAAAUGGAUGGUUUCGAUCAAGGAAACUCAAAGAUGCUGAGAGAUUUUGGGCAGAGAUGAGGAAGGAGAAUGUAAGACCAACUGUGGUGACUUAUGGCACCCUUGUGGAAGGAUAUUGCCGGACGCGUCGUGUUGAAAAGGCAAUUGAAUUGGUUAAUGAUAUGACCAAACAAGGAAUUGAACCGAAUGCAAUUGUUUAUAACCCAAUAAUCGAUGCAUUAGCCGAGGCUGGGAGAUUCAAAGAGGCUUUGGGUAUGCUGGAGCGCUUUCAUGUUUUAGAAACAGGCCCAACUAACUCGACUUACAAUUCCUUGGUGAAAGGAUUUUGUAAGGCAGGAGAUCUUGUUGGUGCCAGUAAGAUUCUUAAGAUGAUGAUAAGUAGGGGUUUCAUCCCCAGUCCCACCACCUAUAACUACUUCUUUAGGUACUUUUCAAGAUGUAGGAAAAUUGAUGAGGGUAUCAACCUUUAUACCAAGAUGAUUGAAUCUGGUUAUACCCCUGAUCGGCUUACUUAUCAUCUUUUACUGAAGAUGCUAUGUGAAGAGGGGAAAUUGAACUUGGCAGUCCAAGUUAGCAAGGAAAUGAGGCGUGAGGGAUAUGACAUGGACCUUGCCACAAGUACUAUGUUGGUUCAUUUGCUUUGCAAAAUGCAUAGGUUUGAGGAGGCUUGUGCAGAAUUUGAGGAUAUGAUACGGAGGGGUAUAGUCCCUCAGUAUCUCACAUUUCAGAGAAUGAAUAGUGCAUUAAAGAAGCGAGGGAUGACCGAAAUGGCACAAAAACUAUGCAGCUUGAUGUCUUCUGUGCCUCAUUCUACUAAGUUGCCAAAAUAUGUUGAAGACAGAGAUGAAGCACAUGCACGGAGACAAUCUAUAAUGCAGAGGGCCAAAGCAUUUUCUGAUAUGCUAAAAAACCACAAGGACCCCAGAGAACUUGCCAAAUAUAGAAGCUCGUCAGCAAAUGCUGUCUCCAGCGCUGAGUGUUUGAUGGGUAAUAUUAAUAAAAGGAUAAAGAAGCCAUGAAGGGAUAUUUUCUGCUAUCUUAUUAGCGGCAGAAGCAGUAACAGGCAGUUUGAAUAUCUGUGAAUCAGCUCAAAUUUAUUCCGCGCAACGUAAUUAGUUACUUUCUUGAUGCGUGUUCUACUCUAGCCAUCCUGUUGUUAGUCUGCGGGUCAAUAAACUGUUUCACACUAUAACAACAGCAUGUGCAAAAAUGCAAACUCGUGUGUCUACGUGAGGCGAGGAGUUCAAUAUGAGCUAAAUUGUAUUGGUUUACUAGUGGAGUCAGAAAAUGAAGUUUUCAAGUCAGGAUUUUAAAUCCAUGGAUUAUCGUAGUGGAGUAAUCUUCUUGGCUUUUCUUUCGACGAAUGUAGGCAAUGCACUGCUGGGCCUGAGACUGGAGCUGGAGUUGGUAGAGCUCAACAUCAUCCAGACGGAUGUGAUUGCAGGUGAACUUUCUCGAGAUUUCUUUUGCUGAUAUAUUGCCAAAACUCACUGAUUAUUGGGUAUUGUUCCCCGGGAACUCGACUUCUUGUCAUUAGAGUUUGCAGUAAGUUGCUUCACUGACUUGUCCUUUUCGUCUAAAAUGCCGUGAUCUUUUGGUAGAUCAGUAAGAGGAGUCGGUAAUAUCUUUGGCUAUCUUAUGCGCCUCCCCCCCCCUCCCCCCUCUUUUUCUGCUAAUGCUGAUUUCUUUCUUUAUGGUGUACUCUUAUAAUUAUAUUAGGCAGAUGGAUCUGGCGAAUCAUACUCAGUUAUUUUAUUAUAUUCACUUAUUCAACAGUUUGGGAAUCCAUUAUUGGGCCGGAACAGUUGCUUUUAGCCUUCUGGCAGACCAACGGAUGAGGCUCUCUUUUCACAGGUAAAAUCACUGAACCAAUGGACUUCCAAGGUGUACUCAGUCGAGAGACGAUGGCAUAUUGGCAUAUGGAUUAUUCAGGUUGGGACAAUUAAACACUGACUAAGUUUAAUUAUUUUUGUUUAUUAUAUUAUAUUACUGGGGCGGUCGUAGUGCAGAACAAUUUAAUUCUUAUUUAGCUAGUGAGGUUGGUUAAGUGAUUUUUGUGAGGGAGGCGCGUGGAGACUUGUUCUUUUUUUUGGUAGAGCUUGGAACCUUUAUUAUCAUUUAACCAGAUUUUACUCCCCCGUGAGCAUAGAAUUAUAAGCAAUAAUUGUCAUUACAA